ACUCACACCCAAUCCCGGCCGCCUCACUCUCAUCAUCUUCACUCUGUAGGGAGCAAGAGAAAAAGUACUGCUUUUUUUGCGGUUUUUGAGAACAGCGUUUUUGAUUUGAUUCAAUGUUGGUCCAGGACCGUAAAAUCAUUAAACCCUCAAAAACCCAGUCCACUAAACCCCAAGAACACUUCAAUUUCUCCACAUGGGUCUCCUCCAAUUUCCCCAAAAUCAUCGUCAUUUCCCUCCUAAUCGUCACCGUGGCCGUCGUGUUCUUCGUGCGCAACGAUGCCGUUUCGAUCCUCUACAGCGGCAAAUCGAGGUCCAAAAGCCUCAAACCCAUCCAAUUCCCUAAAAUCAGCUUCAGUUCGAUCCCACCCAACUCCGAUAAGUCCUCACCCUUUGCUACGUUUCGCUCCGAGCGGUGGAUCGUCGUUUCAGUGUCGAAUUAUCCGUCCGAUUCGCUUCGGAGUCUGGUCAAAAUCAAGGGAUGGCAGGUGCUGGCCGUUGGGAAUUCGAGGACGCCGGCGAAUUGGGAGCUCAAGGGUGCGAUUUUCUUGUCAUUGGAGCAGCAAGCAAAAUUGGAGUUUCGGAUUUUGGAGUACCUUCCGUAUGAUUCUUACGUUAGGAAGAGCGUUGGGUAUCUUUUUGCAAUCCAACAUGGGGCGAAAAUGAUAUUUGAUGCUGAUGAUAGAGGGGAAGUGAUUGAUUGGGAAGUGGGAAAACGUUUUGAUUUGGAUUUAUUCGGGGUUGAUGCAAUGCAGGAGAGAAUUUUACAGUAUAAUCGCGAGAACCCGAAUAGAACGGUUGUGAAUCCGUAUAUUCAUUUUGGGCAGAGGUCAGUUUGGCCUAGAGGGUUGCCAUUAGAGAAUGUGGGUGAGAUUGUGCAUGAAGAGUACUAUAAUGAGGUAUUUGGUGGGAUGCAAUUCAUUCAACAGGGCAUAUCUAAUGGCCUUCCUGAUGUGGAUUCGGUCUUUUAUUUAACUCGGAAGUUGGAUUCGGAAGCGUUUGAUAUGAGUUUUGAUGAGCAUGCCUUGAAGGUGGCUUUACCACAGGGUGUAAUGGUGCCAUUGAAUUCCUUUAAUACAUUGUUUCAUUCCAAUGCAUUUUGGGGUUUGAUGCUUCCGGUUUCUGUUAGUUCAAUGGCUUCUGAUGUCUUGAGGGGUUACUGGGCACAGAGGCUGUUGUGGGAGGUUGGUGGUUUUGUUGUGGUUUACCCUCCCACAAUUUAUCGGAAGGAUGAGAUUGAAGCAUAUCCAUUUUCAGAGGAGAAGGAUCUUCAUGUAAACGUUGGUCGUCUUAUUAAGUACUUAGUUUCUUGGAGAUCGGGAAGGCAUAGGUUGUUUGAGAAAAUUAUGGAAUUAAGUUAUUCAUUGGCAAAAGAAGGCUUCUGGACUGAGAGGGAUGUGAAAUUCACUGGUGCUUGGCUUCAGGAUUUGCUUGCAGUUGGGUACCAGCAGCCGAGGCUGAUGGCACUAGAGUUGGAUCGACCAAGGGCAAGCAGUGGUGAUGCUGAUAGGAAGGAAUUUAUUCCUCGUAAACUGCCUUCUGUUCAUCUUGCAGUUGAGGAAUCAGGGGCUGUGAAUUAUGAGAUUGGGAAUCUGAUUAGGUGGAGGAAGAGUUUUAGCAAUGUUGUGCUGAUCCUGUUUGUUAGUGGGCCAGUGGAACGCACUGCUCUGGAAUGGAGAUUGCUUUAUGGCCGGAUAUUCAAAACUGUGGUUAUUCUUUCAGCAAAGUCUGAUGUAGAUCUAGCGGUUGAGGAGGCCCAUCCGGAUCAAGUAUACAAAUAUCUGCCCAAGAUUUUUGAAAGAUUUAGUAGUGCAGAAGGGUUCCUGUUCCUCCAGGACAAUACCAUCCUCAAUUACUGGAAUUUGAUGCAAGGAGACAAAACGAAGCUGUGGAUCACUGACAAGGUGCCUCAGUCUUGGACUACCAUCUCACUCAUUGGGAACAACUCAGUAUGGUUUUCAAAACAAGCAAAAAUGGUAAAGAAAGUUGUGAACACAAUGCCAGUUCAUCUUCAGGUCGGUUACAAGGAAAGUAGUACAAGCGAGCCAAGUCUCACCAUCUGCAGUUCUGAGGUGUUUUACAUUCCUCAGAGCUUUGUAGGUGACUUUGUGGACCUAGUAGGUCUAGUUGGAAACGCGAAAAUCCAUCAUAAGGUUGCUUUGCCAAUGUUCUUCAUGGCAAUGGAUUCACCUCUUAACUUUGACUCCUUGCUUAAUACAAUGAUUUAUAACACAGAAGCUUUAUCAAGUAAUCCUUCAGACUACUAUUCUGCUAAAGUAGCUGCAGUGCACCCAUGGAGCAUUUCCAGUGAGCCAGACUUCAUCAAACUGAUAAGACUCAUGGCAGCAGGUGACCCUCUCCUAAUGGAGCUGUUCUAAAGGCUGUUGCAGCAGUUGAGACUCAAGAACUUGUAAGAGUAAGAAUCCAUGCCACUUUGUUCCAUUACACAGAUAAGCUAUUAUUUUUGGGGGCCUGAAAUGAGAAGGUAUCCAAUUUUAUUUUAUUGUUUUUCUUUUUUGUAAAUUUAUCUUGUUCUUUUUUAUUUUUAGAUUUAUUUUGUAUGAUUCAUUCAUCAGUGUAGAACCAAGCUGUUAAAUAACCUUUUGGCUGGAACUUUUGUCCACAUACUGAGAUUUGUCUGUAAAGUUGGUGUAAUUGGGAAGCAAUUAAACCAUGGUGGUUCAUUUUGUUCAGUA